AUGGAGAAGUACACGCGCAUUCGCUUGUUGGGGGAAGGAUCGUUUGGGAGAGUCUUCCUCAUGCGCGAAAAAGCAGAGGACGGCGGCGGCCUCGUGUGUGUCAAGGACAUCCCCGUGCUCCAUGUUUCGUCCAGCAAGAAGACACGUCGGGGCGGCCAUUCGUCAUCCGACGGCUUGAACGAAGCCCAUCUCAUGCAAAAGCUGCGCCAUCCUAACCUCAUCGCAUACCGCGAUUCGUUCGAGUCGACGAACCAUCGCCAUUUGUUUAUCGUGAUGGAGUACUGCUCUGGGGGCGACUUGCACGCGAAACUCCAACGCAAGCAAGCCAAGCACUGCCUCGAGUCGGAGACGAACGUGUGUCUGUGGCUCGUGCAGCUGUGUCUCGGUCUGCACUGCAUGCACCACCGCCGCAUCAUGCAUCGGGACAUCAAGAGCCGCAACAUUUUCAUCUCGCACGACGGCCAUUUGGUGCUUGGAGACCUUGGCAUCUCCAGAGAGCUGGACCGGGACGACCUGGCCCACACCACCGUGGGCACGCCGAACUUUAUGUCGCCCGAGCUCUUGGACGGCACGUACUCGUACGCGUCGGACGUGUGGGCGCUGGGGUGUGUCCUCUACGAAAUGUGCACUUUGCACUUUCCGUUUGAGGCCAAGACGACUCCCGCCCUCGUCGCCAAGAUCUGCGCAGGGGACUACGCACCCCUCGACCGAAAGUUCAGUCCGGACCUGCGCCGCCUUCAGGACGAACUGCUGGCCGUGGACGCGUGGCGCCGGCCGUCGCUGCAGAGCAUCCUCACGCGAGACUUUUUACGACCGGCGCUCGAGUGCUACGUGACGGAUGUCGUCAAAUGCGGCUCGAAGAGUCAUGUGGACGAGCUGCGCACGCAACUGCAUCAACUCCAACUUGGCUGUGUUUGGACACAGGUGCACCAUCAGCUCAAGCCACCGCCCAACGCUGCAAGAUCCGCUGCAAAGUCCAUUAUUCCACCGAAUCCCCUGAUUCCAGCCCACGACUACAAGCUCGAAGAGGACAUGCUGCAGUGGCUGGAAAACGAGCGCCAACGCCACCUUAUCUUAGUUCUGGAGCGCAUCAAGCAAGCGCGAUGCAACGCCAGCAUCCUCUCCCCAAGACCUAUGAUACCCCGGACAGUCGUCUCCCCCGAGUCCCCCCGAUGUCGGCCCCCACCAACCCCCGACCCGGAAUGGCGCCCCCCCGUUCAAUCCAAGCCCCCGUCGUCCACCUCCUUUUUGUUAUCGGCACACCUCGAUACAAGCACAUGCUUUUCAUCUGCAUUUCGGAAGGGCGUGAAUUUGACGCCGCAUGCUAAACCGUACCUGGCGCAGGCCUGCAAAGACGUCCGGGUGCUGAGGCGGUCGGUGUAUGCCCAGGCCGCCCACGCCCGCAACCACGUGGCGGCUCACAUGGUGCUCUUGUCGUCGCCCCCCAAAGGGCUUCCAGGGGACUCGAUUGAGGACGCGGCUGUCGCGACCCCCGACGAAGUGGACGCCGCCUUAUUGCAGUACCAACGCGACGUCGAGCGGAGGUUGCGCCGUCAUUCGGCCAUUAACCAAUGA